AUGUCGACUGAUAAGAUCACUUUCCUCACCAACUGGCACGCUACGCCUUACCACGCGCCGCUGUACCUAGCUCAGGCCAAGGGCUACUUUAAGGAGGAGGGAAUCAAGGUUGCUCUUCUUGAGCCCAACGAUCCUAGUGAUGUCACUGAGAUCAUUGGUACUGGCAAGGUCGACCUUGGAUUCAAGGCCAUGAUUCACACUCUGGCUGCCAAGGCCCGAAACUUCCCCGUCCAGUCCAUCGGUAGUCUUCUCGACGAGCCAUUCACUGGCGUCGUCUACCUCAAGGACUCUGGCAUCACCACCGACUUCCGCACCCUCAAGGGCAAGCGCAUCGGCUAUGUCGGUGAAUUUGGCAAGAUCCAGAUCGACGAACUCACCUCGCACUAUGGCAUGACUCCUGAUGACUAUACCGCCGUGCGUUGUGGUAUGAACGUCUCCAAGGCCAUCAUCAAGGGCGAGAUCGACGCCGGUAUCGGUCUGGAGAACGUCCAGAUGGUUGAGCUCGAGGAGUGGCUCUCUGCCCAGGGCCGUUCCAAGGACGAUGUCCAGAUGCUUCGCAUCGAUGAACUCGCUGAGCUUGGCUGCUGCUGCUUCUGCACCAUCCUCUACAUCGGCAACGAGAAGUUCCUCGCCGAGAACCCUGAGAAGGUCCGCUCGUUCCUCCACGCCGUGAAGAAGGCCACCGACUUUGUCCUCGCCGAGCCCGAGAAGGCCUGGGCCGAGUACGUCGACUUCAAGCCCGUCAUGGGUACCGCGCUCAACCGCAAGAUCUUUGAGCGCAGCUUUGCCUACUUCAGCAAGGAUCUCAAGAACGUCAAGCGUGACUGGGAGAAGGUCACCAAGUACGGCAAGCGUCUUGGUGUUCUUGAUGAGAGCUUUGAGCCCAACUACACCAACUCGUACCUCGAGUGGACUCUCUCUGGAGAGUCUAGUGACCCUACUGGAGACCAGAAGCGUAUUGCUCAGCUUCAGAAGGAUGUCGCUGCCUCUGGUGGCUUCCACCGUCUUCAGGCUGAGGUCAAGGCUUAA